AUGUGCACCAUAGUGCUGGUGUACCGACACAAAUGCACCAAGCCGGGGCCUAUCUGCCGCACCGGGCAGGCGGCCGCCAACGGCUCCACCGGCUUCUAUCUGCCGCCCUCCACCGCCUUUGACGAAAUGCACGAAAUGGAGUGCUUCACCGGACCUCUCGACACAAGGUUAGCACUCACUACAACCAUAGAAUUCAAUAAAACAUAUGGAGAUACUAAUAUUAACGGUGGCUUCCCACAAGAUCAAGUGAAUGGAUUAAAGCUGACACUACUCACCAAUGGACGAAUUCCCAAUGGACAUGCAACAAGAGAACGUGAUCAUGGUGUCAGAAUAACAGAAAAUCCUCAGUUUAACUCGCCGAUCGGCAACCUGUCGCCGGGCUCGUGCGAGGGCAUGCGCGUGGCCAGCGACGAGGGUGACAGUCUGCUCAGUGGAGGUCUCCAGGAGGCGGAGGUUGACGCCCUCGAGGAGGACGAUGAUGGGGAGAGCACCAGUCUCAACGACACGCAACUGACAGUACUGGACUGUUGCCAACAGCAUGGAAACGACAGGCAUCUGACAGCCUGUUGCCAACAGCAUGGAAACGACAGGCAUCUGACAGCAGCGCUGGACUGUUGCCAGCAGAACGAGGCGACUGUCAAGUGCUGCAAGACAGAACGGAUGAUAGCCGACGAUGAUGACGGCUUCCAUGAGAACGAGAACCAUCGUCACCAUCACCUCAUCAUGUUGGGGCCCAACGGAUGAGUGCGGCACAAGCGGCUGGCUCCCCGUCGCAAGC